UAACCAACCAGCUGAUUUUCAAAGAUGGCUGUCAUUGUACAAACAAAUAAAGUUUAUGGAAAAACGGUCUGAUAAACACGUAGUUGCAACGUCGACGGAAUAAAAGCGACCACACGAGUAAUUAAAAUAGACCAAAGUUCGUUCAAAUGCUGUUGAAAAAUCGCUCACCCUUGGAGCUUGGGGUCCUGGAAAAAGGUGUUUCAUUCCCCAAAAGAUUGUAAACCGUAGAGACAUGGCAUACGAGACGAGAAAUCCAAAAUAUCCUCCAGAAAUCCAUCACAGUGUCCACCACCCGAGACCAUCGGACCCAACGGGUUAUCCAUAUGCUCUCCACCCACCGCAGACCGAUGAGAAUCGCAACGAGAAUAAUUGUGACAAUAAAGAGACCCAUCGACGUCAUUCGCACACUUCCUCGGGAACACAGACCAUUCAGAAGGUCGACGCCGCAACGAUGACUGAUCCUCUCAGAAUUGACUUCAGACUGACCUCCGAGUACCUGGCGAGGUGCUCCAACAACCUUGGAGUCCCCUACGUUCCCAAGUAUGAAGAGAGCAAUGAAAGCACUCACAGUUGCCACCAGGCAAGGACUAAAGUCGAAUAUGAUGUUGAGCCUCGACAUAUCAAUGGAAUGCUGAUCUACCACUGUCCAGAGUGUGCGUAUCGUUUUCAAGACCGAGAGAGUCUCCAUGAGCACCUGGAGGAACAUCGCCAGCGUCCACACAUCUGUGACAUCUGUGGGGUGAGCUUGAAGCGUAAGGAGCACCUUGAUCGUCACAAACAGGGGCACAACAAGGACAGGCCCUAUCAGUGCUCCAUGUGCUGUAAGGCUUUCAAGAGGAAUGAGCAUCUGGCACGUCAUAUGAUCAUCCACUCGGGGAGCAAGAAUCAAAUCUGCACAGAGUGUGGAAAGGCUUUCUAUCGUAAGGACCACUUGAAGAAGCAUCUGCAGAGCCACAAUGGAACCAGGGGAAAGUCCCUGGGUGAGGGCCACCAGCAGAGUGCCAAUAGUCCAGUCGAGGGACAGCAGAACUCCAGCACUGAUGGACUUGGCAACUUUGCCAUGAUGAUGAGGCAGGCGGGACCACCUCCUUUCUCCAUUUUACGAACUUAAAUAUUGGCGAGAAUUUUAUCGAUGAUGGGGAUUGGUUGUGCAGGGGUGGAAGAUUUGUUCGGAACCAGGGGGAGGCUUUUUUCAUUCGUUGAUGCCUUUUUACUCUUUUUCACAGAGAUGAAGGGUUUCUCGUUGCUAAUAGUCACUUGAUCCUAGGACUCUAGGGGAAUGCCAAUUAGUGGGCAUCAUAUUAUUAAAUUAGGAAUAAAUUACUUUUUCUAUUGUUUUGGGAAUGGGGAGAGUUUUUGGAAAGUUGGAGAUUUUCUCUCAAGCUCAGUAGUUGAUAGUCAAUUCAAGGUAAUGAUAUGGAAUGUGAAAAGGUAUUUCCGGCGAGGGUGAGGAAUUUAAGGGAUGAAUGUAGCGUUUUCUGAGGAAAUCCUGGCGAUUUUAUGAGUUUUUUGGGGAAUUCUGAGAGAUGUUUGAUAA